CAAAUUCCAUUCAAGGCACGGGGCCAAUGAUUUGGACAUGGUGUGCAAAAAAUGCACAUAUCUGUCCCAUGGCUCUAAUGGGAUUUGUGCCACAAACGCUAAAAUGCUGGCAUGUUGAAAUGGUGCCAGGGGAAACUAAACCAAACCAUGGAUUGCUUUAGCAUACAGAUUGAAUAGAGCCCUUAGUUUUGAGAUCCUUUCCUAACUUUCAUCACACUUUUGUUAUUUUGUCCUUACCAUUUAUUUUUACAAUUAUGGAACACAUGGCAAAUUGAUACUUAAUCAGUGCAUAAUUACUUAGAGGGGAAGAUGCUACAAGUUGUGGGGGAGGGAGGCUUUUAAAGGAAAUUACAUCCACUUAAUUGUGAUGUCUAAUUCAGAGAACAUACUGUAUGUUUUUUUUUUAUGUACUACAGCGUAUUAACAGGAAAUGGGCUCAUUUUGGUAAUUACUCAUGUCUGCGUCAAACACCCCGGUUUGUGUGUGUCUGUGGGGGUCUAUAAAAAUGUGGCUUGUGCCACGAGACUUGCAGCAGCUUCAAGAAAGUGAUGAUCAUGAGGGUGCUGGUGAGUUUAGUACCCUUCGUCCUCAUGGUGUGGUGUGGACAAGAGACAACGGCACUUCCCAUAGAGGAUAACCUAGGAUUGCAGCACAACCGGGAGUUGACUGUGGAGCAGAGGGACCUGUUGAAGACGAAUGAGCUGAAUGAGCUGACGUCCAAGUAUAUGUAUCCGGAUCAACAGCUCCACAGAGAGCUGCAGGACAGAUCUCUCAGAGCUCAAGUUCCUGCCAAAGUGAGAUCCCCCUGUAAGAAGUUAUUUUGGAAGACCUUCUCAUCCUGCUAGCAAAGGCACUGGCAGACAGCUGCUGGCAGUCACAGUCCACACCCUGGCUUCUUAGCCGCAUUGCAUGAGCAAUACUCAAUUACUAUGAAUAAACUGCA